AUGUUUAGGGCUCUGAGUACACGAAAAGGCCGCCAGGGCUACGAGCAAUUAACCGAUGAGACGGAGCCCCCUACCGAUCCUUUGGUGCCUAAAUUGAGCAAAUCCAGAACCUUGCCGGCUAAGAUUUUCAAUGCAUCGCCGAAAAACUUGACUCCUGCAUCGGCGGAGCAGGCUAAAAAGGUCAGCAAAAUUCAUCCGUUUUUCAGUAUUUUUGUAGAAUCCGGCCGGCGAAGAAAGAAGGCAACUGCAAAGCCGGAAUUCUCAAGGUAUGUGGAAUAUCUGAAGGAGGGAGGUAUGUACGGGAUAAUGAACGUCAAAGCAAGCACCCAAAAUAAAUGA